CUCAAUAUCACAAAAACAACCCCCAGAGAGAGGGUGGAGACAAAAAUCUCCUUUAUAUAUCCAAACCAAUCCCAAUUAAUAGCCAGACACACAAAAACAAUGCCUUCUUCAGCACCCACUUUGGUUUCAAAAUGCACCAUCUUUCCUGACCAAAAAUCCUCGCUCUCAAAACUCAAACUUAGUGUUUCAGACCUUCCUAUGUUAUCCUGCCACUACAUCCAAAAGGGAUGCCUCUUCACCCAACCAACUUCCCUCUCUUCUAACCAACUAAUUCCACUCUUGAAAUCCGCCCUCUCACGAACCCUCUCCCUCUUUCCCCCUCUCGCCGGUCGUUUAACCACUGACUCCCACGGUUAUGUCUAUAUUUCCUGUAACGACGCCGGCGUCCACUUCCUCCACGCCGCCGCACCGGCUCUCAAUGUUCUCGAUCUUCUUUCCCCUCUUGACGUCCAUAAAUCUUUCAGAGAAUUCUUCACCUUCGAUAGAAAGGUUAGUUACAGCGGUCAUUACUCCCCGAUUAUGGCCGUUCAGGUAACCGAGCUCGCCGACGGCUUCUUCAUCGGAAUUUCCGUCAACCAUGCCGUCACUGACGGAACCUCUUUCUGGAACUUCUUCAACACAUUCGCUCAGGAAUGCAGAGGAGCCAGUAAGAGUAUCCGGAAUGUUCCUGACUUCCGCCGCGACAGCGUACUCAUCUCCGACGCCGUCCUCCAAUUGCCGGAGGGCGGGCCGAAGGUGACGUUCAACGCCGACGCGCCAAUUAGGGAGAGAAUCUUCAGCUUCAGCCGCGAAGCAAUUCAGAAGCUGAAAGCAAGAGCUAACAACAGAAAAUGGACGGAGGGUGCUAACUCCGUUGAGCUGUUACGGAAAAAGAGUAACGACAAUCUUCUACAAAAAGAUAACGGUAACGGAAAGGUAACGACACUCCUCGAGAAUUGGUUCAAGAGCGCGGUUGAAACAGAAACGGUUACAACUGUCGAGAUUUCGUCGUUUCAAUCCGUAUGCGCGCUGCUGUGGCGUGCGGUCACUCGCGCAAGGAAAUUGCCGGCUUCCAAAACGACGACGUUUAGAAUGGCGGUUAACUGUCGCCACCGGUUAGAGCCGAAAUUGGAACCUUUCUACUUCGGAAACGCGAUUCAGAGCAUUCCGACGUUCGCCACCGCCGCCGACGUGCUCUCGCACGAUCUGCGUUGGUGCGCGGAGCAGCUCAACAAGAACGUUAGAGCUCAUAACGACGAUACAGUGAGGCAGUUCGUGAAGGAUUGGGAAUCGAACCCGCGGUGUUUUCCGCUGGGGAAUCCCGACGGCGCGUCGAUCACGAUGGGGAGCUCGCCGAGGUUUCCGAUGUACGACAACGACUUCGGUUGGGGAAGGCCGUUGGCGGUGAGGAGCGGUGGCGCGAACAAGUUUGAUGGAAAGAUUUCGGCGUUUCCGGGAAGAGACGGAAGCGGCACCGUCGAUUUGGAGGUGGUUUUGGCUCCGGUGACGAUGGCCGGUUUGGAGUCUGAUCCUGAGUUUAUGAUGUACGCUACUGGACAGUUAUGAUAGUGUCAAACUUUAGAGCUCUUUCUUGCCGUUGAUGUGGUCCCACGGGGAGUGGUUUCAACGGUUAAGAUUUGAUGUGGGGAGCCUGGGGGGCUGAAUGGACGAUACACACAAAUAAUGUCUCCCCCCAUCCUUUGUGACAUAUUGUAAUUGUUUUGUUUAGUAUUUUUCUUUCUUCUGGUUGAUUUUUUAACUAUGAUAAUGUUGUAACAAGUUGCGGAAUAAGAAAUUAUUAUAAAUUUCCUUC